AUGCGUUUCACCGCUGUCACCGUUGCCCUUUUCGCCGGCCUGGCUGCCGCCCUCCCUAACGGCGCUGAGUCCACCGUCUACCAGACCGAGGAGGUCACCGUCAUCUCGUGCGCUCCCACCGUCACCAACUGCCCCGGCCGUGCUAGUCAGACUGGUGUCGCUUCCGUGAGCUCCGUCCAGACCACCGCCGCCGUUGUCACCUCCGUCCCCGCCGGCGGUGUCUCCGCUGUCUCCUCCGCUACCACCGCCCCCGGCAUGCCCAGCGGUGCUGAUGCUCACUCCGCUUCCUCCGCCAACACCAUGCCCUCUGCUCCCUCCGUCUCUGUGGUCCCCGUUGUCUACACCACCUGCGCCGCUGUGACCUCCUGGUCCACCGUCGGUGUCCCCACCGCCACUGGUCACCCCAGCGUCCCCAGCAGCGUUGUUCCCCACAUGCCCUCCAGCGUUGCCCCCGUCCACACCGCUGCUCCCACCGUCCCUGCUGCUGCUGCCACCACCAGCGCCCCCGCCUUCAACGGUGCCGGUGCUCUCUCUGGCUCCCUCGGCUUCGCUGGUGCUGCCGCCGUUGCCGCUUUCUUCCUUGCUUAA